GAGAACUUUUUCUUGGUUGAAGAUUUACAGCUUGUGUCUGUGUGCAUUAUGAGAGAACUGGUGAUAUUAGCAGCUUUGGUCUCGGCUCUACACGCAGCCAUCCUCCCGACAGACAGUGAUGUGGAAUACAAGUGCCAAGAAGAUCAGGACAAAACUGCUACAUUAGCAGCUGAGCGGUUCAUUAAUGAACAUCACCGCCAUGGAUACAAAUUCAAAUUUGUCUCACAAGACAGUCGCAGUGCAGAGAAGACCGAUCCUUGUGAAGUCAUCUUGGGAAUUACCUUAGAGGAAACUGAAUGCCACAUUGUCAAUCCCAAACCUUUAGAUCAGUGUGACACUAGAAUGGAAUCUGAGACGAAAGUGACAGCAAAAUGUAAUGUGACUGUCUCCAGUGUUGAGGGAAAAGCAGCUGUAAAGCGCUACAUCUGUGACACUGAACCAGCUUCACAUGAAAUACUUGUGAAAACAUGCCCUGACUGCCCCAGUCUUCUGCCCUUGCAUGAGCCGAAGGGUCUGGAGAGUGUGAAAACUGCCCUGCAGAAAUUCAACAAAGAAUCCAACCAUGCAUCUUACUUUAAACUGAUGGAAGUGGGAAGGAUCAGCACACAGUGGAUGUUUUCGGGUCAAAGCUUCUUUGCUGCCUUUGCCAUUAUGGAGACAGACUGUCCAAAAAAGGAAGCAUCCCAGAAACAAGAAGCAUGUAAGGCUUUAUGUGGGGAUCAGGCUCGGUAUGGAUUCUGUAAAUCCUCUAAGGUCGGAGAUGAGGAACCAACAGUGGAUUGUGAAAUUUACAAAGCUCAGAACUUCACUCAUCCAAUGCAACACCCUGCUCAGUCAAAGAGAGACUGUAAAUUCCAUGGCCACCCACCUCACCACCAUCCAGAACAUCAACCAGGGCAUAUUCACCCCCAUCGCCCAGAACAUGCAGGGCAUGGCCACAAGGAAAAAACGCCUGAUCAGAAGGGUCGUCCAGAACAUGCAGGCCAUGACCACAAGGACAAAACGCCUGACCAAAGGGGCCGUCCAGAACAUGCAGGUCAUGACCACAAGGACAAAAAACCUGACCAAAGGGGCCGUCCAGAACAUGCAGGCCAUGACCACAAGGACAAAACGCCUGACCAAAGGGGCCGUCCAGAACAUGCAGGCCAUGACCACAAGGACAAAACGCCUGACCAAAGGGGCCGUCCAGAACAUCCACACCACUGUCCAAAAGGCCCUUCAGGGCUUCCAGAAUCAGCGUCUGAGAGGCGCCAUGAAUUUCCAUGCCAUGGCUUUGUAAAAAUACCCCCCUCUAUUUAUCCAAUCUGCCCCUUCCCUCCACCACGUCUCUGCAGAGGCCCUCCAGACCUUGUACCCCCUCCUUCUGCUCCUCCUCUGUAACUAACACCAAAAUCUUUUAAGAAACAUUUAGAUCUUAUCCCAUGUUACAGGGUUUGAAAGGGGAAAUAUUCAAAACUGAACAACAUAAGAGUGUAAAUGUCUCCGGUACAUUCCAAGUUCAAUAAAUACUCUUUACUGAC